CUCCGCUUGGCUCCGCCGGCUCCGGGGUCCACCGCGCGCCCCGAAACGUGGGCUUGUCCCCGGCGGGCUGAUGGCGGCCCCGGGGGCGUCGGGUGGUCCCGUGCUGAAAGAUGUAGUGGCAUAUGUUGACGUGUGGUCAUCCAACGGAACAGAAAAUUAUUCAAAGACUUUUACAAACCAGCUUGUAGAUAUGGGGGCAAAGGUUUCAAAAACUUUGAACAAGCAAGUGACCCAUGUUGUAUUCAAAGAUGGAUACCAGCACACUUGGGACAAAGCACAAAAGAAAGGGAUAAAGCUUGUUUCUGUGCUCUGGGUUGAAAAAUGCAGGACGGCUGGAGUACACAUUGAUGAAUCCUUAUUCCCUGCAGCCAAUACUAAUGAACAGUUACCAAGCCUGACUAAAAAAAAGCGUAAGUGUAUGCAGCCCAAAGAUUUUAUUCCCAAAACACCAGAAAAUGAUAAAAGACUUCAAAAGAAAUUUGAGAAAAUGACUAAAGAGCUACAAAGGCAAAAAGCCACUCUAGGUAAUGAUGGACCUGCUCUCUUGUUUGAACCUAAUGGUGUGUUGAUGUAUAGCCCCACAGUUAAAAUGAACAGUUGUCAUCACAGUGCAAUGGAGAAGAGGUUACAGGAGAUGAAGGACAAAAGGGAAAAUCUUUCCCCCACAUCUUCCCAAAUGAUCGAAAAGGCUCACGGUAGCCCAGUUAACUCCCUGUGUCUAGUGCCUUUGAACAUUUCGCAUGAUACCUCAUGUUCAGAUGAAUCCUUUGCUGGUGUUCUGCACUCAUCUUUUGAUGAUAUUUGUGGAAACUCAGCAUGUAGAAAUCAGGAAAUGAAAUUGGAAGGACUCAUUAAUGAAACUGGAAGUGACGUUUGUACGUCCUCACCUGUAUUGAAAACAAAUAAUAUUCACUCAUCAGCAUCUUGCAGCUGCCUCAACAAAUUAAUACCUCAAAGACAUGUGAGUAAUCUUUCAAAGGAAGAGACAAAUUGGCAAGGAAAUACUGUAGGUGGAGUAGUUACACCGGACAAAAAGCAGUCUGAAGGAACGUCUAAGGAGAUACUUGAAGAGAAAUGCAGUUUGUCUUCUGUUUUAUCUGCAACCGAAGGCCACUCUUUGAUACAUUCAAGACCCAGAAGGUCCUCGGCGAAGAGAAUACGAAAGUCAAUGUACUCAUAUUCACCUUCAAAAGAAAAAUUAAAGAAAAAGAAGUACAGCACAAAACCUACCAUGCCAAAAUGGCAACUGUUGAAGUCGAGAAACAGGCCACAGCUCGCGGCCAGAUCUGCUGCCGAGACCCCUGGUUGUGAGGAGGCCUCAUAUGAUGAUUAUUUUUCACCCGGUAAUCUGAAGGAGAGGAGCCUCCUUGCCGAAAGUCAGUCACCGUCAAACCCCGCUCAGUUCAGCUGCAGAAGUCUUUCUAAGAAUGAGAGAGGGAGCAUAUUAAAAAUGUCUGAUUUUUCCUUUAUGGGUAAAAAAUCCAGACCAGUUGACAUUACCGGUUUAACAGCAAAAACUAGCUUCAGUCUUCAAAAACCUACGAAUUAUGAAGGAGAUCCAACUUUGAGCUUGAUGACUUCUAAGGAAACGUCUACAGCCGGAGAAGCUCCUGGGUGUUGUAUACAAGCUGACCCUCAGAAGACAGAAGGCCCAUCCCCAGAGGGAAACACCUAUUCUGAUAACACUGAUAACCUUGUUCAUCAGAAAGAAUGUCUAGAGCAAGGACACCAUGGUAAUUUAGCUCUUUUGAAAGGAAACACUAAUGAAAUGAAAGAAUCGACUGAAAUUAAAAGCGUACAGAAAGAAGAAGGUACCACUUCUAAAACGUUGACCUCUUCUGAAAGUGAAACACAAAAUGAUUAUACGCUGAAUUUUGUAGAUGAUUGUGAUGUGGAAAAAUCUACAGAAGAAAUGAAAAACUCAUCCAGAGGAUUUAGUGAAAGUGUUAAAAAUGGACAAACAAGCCAUGAUAUUUUACAUGGCUCAUAUGAAGGCUUUGAGCAACUCGUCAAACCCCAUGAAGAAUCAAACCAAAGAAGCAAAGUCAAAAAGCCAACAAGAACAUUAGUCAUGACAAGCAUGCCAUCUGAAAAGCAGAAUGUCAUCGUUCAGGUUGUGAAUAAAUUGAAAGGCUUUUCAUUUUCACGGGAAGUGUGUGAAACUACUACUCACGUGGUCGCAGGGAAGCCUCUUCGAACCCUGAACGUGCUGCUGGGCAUUGCACGUGGCUGCUGGAUCCUUACCUAUGAAUGGGUACUGUGGUCUUUGGAAAUGGGUCAUUGGAUUUCCGAGGAGCCUUUUGAGCUUUCUAACUACUUCCCUGCAGCACCUGUUAACUCCAAGUCUGGCAGACUGGUAACAUCAUGUGUAGGUGAGAGAAAACCUGCUCCCUGUUUGUUGCAUCGCUCCGGAAGUCCACACUGUGACAAGGAGAUGGAUAGACCGCGGUUCAGUGACGGGAAGAUGGUGGUGGGACGCAGCAGGAGGGACCACUGGGGGUUUUACUGUGUUGUGUCCAUUCCGCCAACCUCAGCUCAGUCCUUGUUAUACAGGAAAUGAAAGUUUGGUACUAAGAAUUUUACUGACUUCUGCCACAUUCUAGAUUUUCCAUUUCUUAACAUACGGAGAGACUCUGUUAGGUUCCCUGAAAUAGGGUGUAAGGAAACAAGCACCUUUUCCAAAACUGAUCCACGUCCCUCUUACUGAAUUUAUCACACAUUAGACCUCUUAAGUUUUUCCUCACAUGUAUGCAUUUUUCACAAUUUCUUCAUUUUGUACAUCAGGCAUAGCAAACUUUUAAUCUUGCCUUGGCUCCAUCCUUCCUCAUAUAUAAAAUAGGUUUACUGUUUGGACAGAGGAGUGUUUUAAGAUCUAAUUAAAACAUGUUUUCAAAGUCAUUGUGUGUGCAUAGCUUUAGGUACUUAAAACCUUAAUUUCCUUUCUUCUUUGUUUUUCGGAAGGAUCUAAUAAUAAGAGCCACGAUUCCAUUCAUUGUUCUAAACUGUAAGCUCAUGACGACAGAAACCAUAUUUUUAUUCAUUUUCCACAUAGUGUAAAUCAAAAAAAAUUUUAUUAAAUUGAAUAAUUAAAAGCUUGUUGUAAAACUGCUUAUAUAGUACCGUUCUUUAAAACUUGUAAUUCUCUACAGAGAAACCAUUCAACUUCAGUUGUCAAACAUAACUCUUCUUAAAAUGUUAACCAUUAAGUAAAUCUAUACUUGUGCCUUGAAGAAUGAAAAAACAGAAUGGGAAGGGUGGAGUUUCUCCCUUGAAGUUCAGGUGCUUCUUUGCUGGUGCAGUUCACGAGUUGUGUCCUAUGGCUGGUGCUGCCUAGUCUUGUUACUAGUGCUGAACCCUGAGUUUACCCCUGUCUGCUUCCCAUCUCCCUCCACACUAAAACCAAAAAAACCAAACCUGUUGCCAUCAAGUUAAUUUCAACUCAUAGCGACCCGACAGGAUAGAGUAGAACUGCUCCAUUGGGUUUCUAAGGAGCAGCUGGUGGAUUCGAACUGCUGACCUUUUGGUUAGUAGCCAAGCUCUUAACUAUUGCACCACCAGGGCCCCCUCCACACUAGUUGUCUUGAUAUUUAAUGGCCACUCCCUGGUGAUGGUUCUCCCUUGAUUAUUGGACAGAUCAACUUGAAACAUAAGAAUUACUAAAGCUUUGAUAAUUUAUAAAAAUCUUAUCAUUAAAACGUUUACUUCUCCGUAUGAAUCAAAUUAGAUUAGACCAGUAUUAAAAACAAAACAACAAAAAAUACUGUUAGUUGGAAGUCCAACUAACAUCUCUUGCAAACUCUUCACAAAAUUUGAAGAUCCUGAUACUCUUAUCAAUCACUUAUCAGAGCUAGUGGUAACUACCUGCUGCCAUCGAGUCAGUUUCAACUCCUGGCAACCCCUGUGUACAGCUCUGCUCCGCUGGGUUUUCGGUGGCUGAUUUUUUGGAGGUAGAUCAUCAGGCCUGUCUUCUGAGGUAUGUCUGGAUGGACUCAAACCACCAUCUUUCAGUUAGCAGUUGAGAGCAUAACUGUUUCUGCCACCCAGAAACUCCGGUGCCAACUAGCUCAAGCCUUUGUAAUGGCUGUGUUCUUUCUUUUAUACUUUAUUCUUUCCUCACGCCUCCCUGCCUUUUCUUUUUAAGAUGUAACUUUUACAAGGGACGUACACCAUUUUAAAGAAUCUGUAGAUAGCAGCUUGUAAUUUCUUGCCUUCUCUCCCUCUCUCUUAUCACCAUGGGAAUAAUAGAACUUUUGAGGUUAAAGUUAGAGCUGUAUCAGCCACCCAGACGGGUUGUCUUAGCUCCUCCUAACACCCAGCACAGAAAAUGUUUAGAAAGAUUUACUCUGGAAAGUUUGGUACUAUAAACAUAUACUCAGGCUGGAGUUUGGUUUAAAUCUUUACUCUGAAAUAAUAAUUUACAAACCAGCAUAAAUAAUAAGUCUCAAUCCUCUUACUGAUACCAGUAUUUAAGACCUAAUAGAAAUUAUUCUGUCUUUUGUCACUCUAGAUCAUGUAACCGGAGGAAAAUGAAUCUUUUUUUUUUUUUGCCUUUCUAGAGCUACUGGGUCAAAUGUAGUUAAACCAUCAAGAGACAGACAUGAGAGGAAUGUUUAUAAUUUGAAAUUUUAAAAGUCAGGUUCUAAUUUAAAAUUAAGACUUAAGAACUUUAGAAGAUAUAAAAGACCCAAUUUUAAAAAAAUACAAAUUUUUAACUUUUUUGCCAUGUAGUUUUCUAAUUUGAAAACAGUAGAAUGUAAAAUGCUUUUUAAGUCACUACUUUUUAGCUUUUCAGGAUGACAAAGUAUAGGUAUAUGGGCUGUGUGUCUGUGUGUGUGUGUGUGCGUGUGUGUCUGUAUACACAUACAUAUAACAUUUAUACAUGUGUGCUCUGGAAUAUGUAUAUAUACAAUAUACAGGGCUUGGAAGGCAUAUGUGUACAUGGGCUCUGUGUGUGUAUACACGUAUAUAUAACAUUUAUACACGUGUGUGUGUACACAUAUAUAUAACAUAUUUAUACAUGUGUCGUGUGCUUUGGAGUAUGUAUACAUACAAUAUACACAGUUUGGAAGGCAUAUACCAUUCAAAUAAAGCAAAAUUCUGUUUGAUACUGACCCAAUUGCUAACUAAUUAAAGUUUUUGUGAAGAAAAUGGAACAGAAAAAGAAAUAAUGAAGUACUAGAUAGUUUGUGUUGAUUUAAAAAAGAUUUGCAUUCUUACCCUUAAAGCAGUGAAAUUGAGGUUUUAAGAGAAAUGUGUGAUUGUGGUAGUUUGGUACCCUUUCAGCUACCACCCGUCACUGGAGGCUUGUGUGUUGCUAUGAUGCUGAACAGGUUUCAGCAGAGCUUCCAGGCUAAGACUAGGAAGAAAGACCUGGCAAUCUGUUUCCAAAAAUCAGCCAACAAAAACCCUACGGAUCAACAACGGACUGAUCCGUUAGCAAUCACGGUGAUGUCGCAGGUGCCAGCAGUGUUUCUUUCUGUUGUAGGUGUGGCUGCCGUGAGUCGGGAGGCAACUCGGGGUGUCUAACAGCAGCCACAAGAACAAAGGGUGGUAUGUUUAGCCCCAGAAACAGUAGGAACACUAAUGGUAAAAAAAAAAAAAAUGGUAGUUACUAUUUAUUGGUUACUCAGAAUGUCUCCACUACUGUGUUGAUGGCUUUAUACUGAUUCUAGGUGCCUAGCAUUAGAAUAGGCGUGGGCAUUGGCUGAUGGCUGGUGUACCUGUAAGCAAAAGGAUAGUUCAACCCAGAGGCCACUCCGUAGUGCCUUUAACACCCAACAGUGACAUAUGGCAAAAUGAGCUCGAGCAUGCCCUGUGAUUUCUGAGGCUGACAAUGCCUCGAAAAGCAAUCAGCUUCCUACCACUCCAUUAAAAACAGGAGGGGGGGGGUGCUUUUCACAGACAGAAAAGCCUGGAAUUAGCAAUCCUCAGUGCUGAUUUUAUCUUCUGGAAGCAUCAUGGCAAAAGAAUCUGUUUUUUUUCCAAAGAUAAGUAGUAACUUGUAGAGAUAGAAAGACUCUGGAUGUUCAUAAUAUAAGGAACACUCCUAAAUGAAACUCUCCCAUUUAAUGUGUCCUUUUAGUACAUCACUGCACAUCAGGGAGUAGAAGCCCACAAUGAAGCCCCUUUGGCUGACCCACAUUGAUGGAAAAGCACCUUGAAAUUCCCUUGUCUCUUGACCCUGAUGAAGUAGGUUUUUUGUUUUGUUUUGUUUUGUUUCUAGUUUAUUGCCCUGGAGUGCCUUUCUGUUUAAUAUCUCUCUUUUUUUUCACUGUCUGUGACUGAAACCCAGAAACAAAGAAAUUUUCCCAGUGAUCCUACUGCUGUCCCUCCCAUAUGCAGCUUCACACUCUCCCCUUCUUUGGCAAAGGUUUCCCAUCCUUGUCAUUUGCACUUGGCUGAUUUUGUCAAAACAGUUCCAAGACACUUGAACCUCCCAGGAGAGGGGAUAUGGUCUUUCUAAUUUCUCAAGUGUGGCUGCACAUAUUUAUGUUGUCCAGGAAAGUUUGACAUUGCCUUCAUAUUUGAAGGUAACUUUGCAGUGAUUGUGGCUUGUGGGUGCCAGUUCCUCUGCAAAGAUCUUCCUGCACAAGUUUGAAAGGGCAAGUGUGCAUUAGCACUGCCUCCUUAGAUGAAUGGCCUAGGCACCCUUCAUUUACGGCAUGGGCCCUUGAACUCUUGCCCUGUUCUUAGAAUCCAAAUGAGUUAACAAAUUUAAUUACACUGUAAGGCUAUGCUCAGUAUUAUUAUGAUUUGUUAAAAAAAAAAAAAUUGUACCCUAGUAGUCUUUAAAACUUGGCAACACAUUGAAGCUUAAGGUAACCAGAAUAAAAUAUUUUAACAUUGUAUAUUAGAUAUAUCCAUAUAGAUAUAGCAGCACUGGUGGCAUAGUGGUUAAGUGUUCAGCCGCUAACGAAGAGGUCAGUUGUUGGAACCCAACAGCCAUUCCACAGCAGAAAGAUGUGGCAGCCUGCUUCCGUAAAGAUUUACAGCUUUGGAAACCCUGUGGGGCAGUUCUGUUCUGUAGGGUUGCUGUGAGUCAGAAGCCACUCGACAGCAACAGUUUUUUUGUUUUGUUUUGUUUUGUUUUAUAUAUAUGCAUGGAGCCCUGGUGGCACAGUGGUUAAGAGCUUGGCUGCUAACCAAAAGGUUGCCAGUUUGGAUCCACCAGCUGCUCCUUGGAAACCCUAUAGGGCAGUUCUGCUCUGUCCUAUAGGAUUGCUAUGAGUCAGAAUCGACUCCACUGGCAGUGGGUUUGGGUUGUUUUAUGUGUAUUUUAAUGUAAAUUGUGUCCCAGCAGUUUUUUAUUACUUCCCAACAUUUUCAACAAUCAAAUUUGAAGGAAAAGACAAGUCCAUUUUCGAGGCAACUAUGGCAGAUUGAGUAUACAUUACAGUGUUUGUCUUAUCUUCCUUCUCACCAGGAUUAAAUUAUCCUCAUUAGUUCUUCCACCAAAAGAAAAGUAAUCUUGAGUUUGGCUGGGGAGAGGAAAACAUAGACAGCAUGUAAAAAUUAUUCACAACUUAAAGAUUUUGACGUUGCUUCCUUCCCAGCUGUAGAUGCUGGUUAGCAGAUGAUUUUUAUUUAAUAGAUCAUUUCUGUUUCUAUUUAAAUAAAGCUCAAUGCCCUGAUUUCUUUUCAACUAAUUAGUUUUUGUUCAUCUGAAUGACCAAAUUUUCCUACUAAGUUAGCAAAUACUUUAUUUCUUUGGAAACAUUUUACUCUAACAUUUCCAUGGGAAAUCAAAACAUUGCAACACUGUGACUAUUUUUUCCUCCAUACCUGCCCAUCCCCAAAACCUCAGCAACCCUGUGUGUGCAGACGGUCCAUGCACUCAGCUGCCAAUCAAAAGUUUGAAGGUUCAGGUACAUCCCGCAGUGCCUCAGAAAAAAGUCCUCGCAAUCUCCUGAGAACUCAGCCUCGGAAAGCCCGCUGGGCUCAGUCUGCUGUGACACACAUGGGGCCACCAUGGGUGCUCCGUGGCAGCUGGUUUGGUUGGCUGAUCCCUCCUGACUUGACCCCUUCUUCCCACUCAGCUUCUGCCGUCCUCUCUUCUGGAGCGCCGCACUCCCAUCCCGCCAUCAGAAUCGUGGCUCUAAAUGCACACCGGAUCACUCUGCAGCUCGCAGUGAGCUCUUGCCCCUUUGUCUGUAGGAUCAAGUCCAGGUUACUUAUCUGGGUGACAUGCUCACCUUCAUAGUCUGUUCCCUGUAUCUCCUUAGCCUGGUCCUGAUGUGAACCUGACUCCUGUUCACACGAGACCACUCAUGGUGCUUCAUAUGUGUACAUCUUUGUCCGUUCUUCCUUUUACGUUGAGUUCUUUCCAUCUCCUGGGGUUAUACCCCCUCUCCCAUCAUAAGCCCUCAUCAAGAAUAGUCAAUGUGUUUUAUGCUGCAUUUUGAUACCAAAAACACUUUGUAUUGUUGAUUUUUUUUUCUUUUUAAUAAUACCAUAAGUUUUUGUUCUUGUUUGCUUGGGAUACUGGAUUUUUAUUUGUAGCCAUUCCACAUCCUAGUAACAACAAGAAAAACAUUUGCUCUUAUGAUUAAUUUGAAAACUUGAAUCCAAGAUUAUUAAAUCUGGGUAUGUUCUGUUUUGUAGGCUUUUAACCUAAUGUUCUUGGUUCCCUUUUAUGAAGAAACUCUGGAACACCUUUUGAGGAAUCCAGGGAGAAACUAGGCUUUCUUCUCCUUCCUUGUAGAGGUUUUUCAUUGUUAACCUAGGAAUUUUGCUGCCUAAGCAGUUGCUUCCUCACCAGUAUUUAACGAGAGCUGCUGAGAUUGAAGUGGAAAGGACCAGGAAGUGUGUGUCUUGGGCGAACCAUCAUCUGGAAACACUUGUAGGAGGCUGGGGUAGAGGUAUUGCCUGUAGGCUGGAGAUAGUGUGUGGAUGGCCCAGGAGCUGGGGACAAUGUUUUAACACCUUCUUUUUGUAUUUAUGCUCUACGUGAAUUUGUGUAGCCUAGAGAAUCCCGUAUCAGAGGUACUUGCCCUCCAUCGGGCCUCUCUGUAACCUUGGCACUUGUUUCCACAUUCAGUGCCUACACCAUGGGGGAUCCAGAAGGAAUCUAAGUCCUGGAGGAGGGAAGCAUGGCCCUGCAGGCACAGAUUUUCUAGGUGGUUGAUAUAACUUCCCUUAACCGUUUCAUUGCCAUUGGCAUAAACUGUACACCAGCCACUGUUGACGCCUCUGGACCUCAGAGGUAAAACAUUAUUCCAGUCUAAUGCAUUUUGCCCCAAGGUGAGUUCCUUUUGAAAUGUCUGAAGCUCAGCAGACCAGAGUUGGAGCCUCAUUGUUGUGUAGGUUGAGCACUCUAUUAGAUGAUACUUCCUGGAUGUGUUGGUUUUGUAAACUUUUGCAUUUUUUUUUUUCCCUUCAUUUCUGUGAGGUAAGGCUUGCAAGCAUAAUUAUGACUUUGCAGUGUGGUAGUUAGGGACCCCUGAUGGGUUUGUUUUGGUUUUUCUGUGUUGUAUUUGGAAAACCAGAGAUCUCCAUGUAACCUAAUGAAAAGGUGCCAGCGAUAGAUAAAUUAUCUACCUGGUUCUCAGGUAAAUACCGUCAUGCCACAGAAGGACGGUGCCAAGGUGCCACUCGCCUCAUUGGUGAACUGUGUUCCAGCUCAUAUUUCUCACAGUCCAUGUUACCAACCAGAAGUUUAAACACACUCAGUUAGUAAUCAUGCAUCCCAGUGCUGAAAACACAUGCCAUAAAAAAAAAUAAUAAUAAUGAGAAAAAAAUGUGGUGAUGAAUUUAAUAAACAAACAUGUCUUCAUUCAUUGUAACUAUGUAGAACCCUCCUGGCACAGGAUCUUUGAAGCACCUCCUGUGACGAAUUUGUUCUUACUGUCUGUCUUGGUCAUCUAGUGCUGCUGUAACAGAAAUACCACAAGUGGAUGGCUUUAACAAACAGAAAUUUAUCCUCUCAUAGUUUAGGAGGCUAGAAGUCCGAAUUCAGGGUGCCAGCUCCAGGAGAAGCCUUUCUCUGUUGGCUCUGGGGUGGAAGGUCCUUGUCAUCAAUCUUCCCCUGGUCUAGGAGCUUCUCAGAGCAGGAACCCUGGGUCCAAAGGACGCGCGCUCCAUUUCCGGCUCUUCUUUCUUGGUGGUAGGAGGUCCCUCUCCUCUCUGCUCGCUUUAUAUCUCAAAAAAGAUACACUCAAAAACAGCCUAAUCCUGUAGAGUGUGUCCUGCCUCAUUAACAUAACUGUCUCUAAUCCUGCCUCGUUAACAUCAUAGAGGUUAGGAUUUACAACACAUAGGAUAAUCACAUCAGAUCACAAAAUGGAGGACAGCCACACAAAACUGGGAAUUAUGACCUAGCCUAGUUGACACACAUUUUUGGGGGACACAAUUCAAUCCAUAACCCUGUCCUUUUUACUUUUUUCCUAUUAAUAAUUAUGAGUGAUCCUGUUAUCUGAUACUAUGUGUAGAUAGCGUCUUUCCUGUCUUCAGUGGUUUAAAGACUGAAAUUGUACUUGUUGACCACUAUAAACUUGACUUGAUAAGCAGUAGAGUUUCAGGCAUUGAUUGAUAGUGUAUUAGUUUGUCCCCUCCGCUUAUGACAAAUAAAAUUUAAAAUAAUUUCAGCACAUAAGUGUAUCCGUACCCCAUAAAAUCAUACCUUCUUUGCUUUUAGUUAUGAGUGUAACUGCAACUACUAUUCACUUAUUGGCUGUCUCAUUUUCUGACCUUUCACAUUUUUGACAAUAGUAACAAAUCUACUAUCCAACUAUUUUGUGCAUUAACAUUGUACAUCUGGCAGUAACAAAUGCCAGGGUGCCAGGUGAGAGUGAUAGUUAAGGUUAUGUGUCCAGUUAGCUGGGUUUGGCAGUUAUGGAAUGGUGUAAUUUGCAGUUAUGGAAUGAUGUAGUCAUCCUCCAUUUUGGAAUCUGAUGUGGUCAUCCUCCAUUUUCACCUAACACCUAUUUGCGCAUAAUGACAUGGUCUUUGAAACCUAACCAUGUCGAUAAGAGAAAAGUGGGUGUAUAUAUCACUUUUUGUUAUCUAAUUAAGGGAUGUUUAUCAUAUACACCCACUUGUUCUUUUUAUAUACAUCCCUUACCAUCACUUGAAAAUCUAAAAAGGAAAUACAUUUUUCCCCUCAAAAUGUUUCCAUCAUUUACUACUGAUAAAAUGGCUAUUUUUUUUAUCAAUAGCAACCAUUUUAAAUAUGUGGUGUUUUAAUGACACUGGUAUAGUAACGUUCUAUAAAUCUGUUUGCAUUUUGUACGGCAAAAUAUGUCACAUUUUACACAUUCGUGUUUUUUAGAGGACUCUUAAAGUACAUGUAUAUUUACCCCAAUAUCUAUUAGAGCUCUGGCUCACGACACUUUAGG